AUGUAUGUCAUUCAUGAGGUCUAUGACUGGUUACAUGGUUUUGGUCAGGAAGUUGAUUGGAAAUCCUGGGUUUGGAAUCAGUUCAAUUCUCCUAAGCACAUGUUCAUUUCAUGGCUUGCAAUUCACAAUAAGCUCAAAACAAGGGACAGAUUGGAAAGAUUUGGCAUCUGUAAUGACAACAGGUGUCUGCUGUGUGGUGAUGCUAUUGUGAACAGGAAUCACCUGUUCUUUGAGUGCAAUUAUAGCAAGAGGUGUGUUGCCUUGAUUGCUGAUUGGUUAAAGAUUAGAGACACUUCUUACAGCAUUGAGGAAAUUUGGAAGCAGUGGUGCAAGCAUCUCAAAGAACCUAUUUACAGGAAAGUUGGAAUGGCUGCUUUAUCAGCUAUUGUGUAUCAUAUCUGGUUUGCCAGGAACCAUGUCCUUUGGCAGAAAGCUGUGUUUCUUCCUAAAAUUUUGUGUAAAGUGAUCUGUAUAGAAACAGUAGAUAGGUGUAGGCAUCUUGUUAAUUGUAAAUGGGAUAGGAAUCAUUGUAAAUGGCUUUUUAGCCUUAGAGCUAGUGUGCCUUAA